AUGGAGGAGAACAUGGAGAGAACUGAAGAGCUCAAGAGGCCGUGGGACACCUGUCGAGAGGUUCCUCUUAUUGAAGAAGUGCAUACACCUUGGAAGUUGAUAAAGCUUCUAAAGAUCAUCGCUUUGUUUGCAGUAGCUGUCAUUGUGUUUGGAUUGGCAAUAUGUAGCAAGGCUUCUUUUCUUCUUCUCACCACUUUGUCCCACGAAGGUGCAAAGACCCUCCAAGCAGAGCAGAAACCCGUCACACUGCUGUGUAUCGGCUGCUCUCUCAUUGCACCUAGUGUUCUUUUGCUGUUCAAAAGCGUCUGGAAAGCAUGUUACAAAUCAUCAAAGAUGCCAAGAAAAGCAUCGGCAGCCCUGGUUUUGUUCUUCGAGUUUGUAGUUUCUGUGGGGAUGGCAGUGCUAACCAUUGUUGCAAUGCCACACUUGGACAUUGUGACCAAUGUGACGAUCUUGAGUGGUGUAGCUGUCAUCUCUGCCCUCCUGCAAGCAGUCGCUCAGUGCACUGUCAAAAAGAUAAAUGUAUUCCUCCUGCCUUCUAUCAUCGCCUCUCUUGUUAUAUUUCUUGGAUACGGUCUUUUCAUUGCUCUGUACAUCGUGAAAGACCCUAAGGAUGUGAAGACAGCCAUUUGGGUGGGUCUUGCCAUUGUUGGGUCCAUUUUGGUGUCUUUUAACUGGUGGGAAAACUACUUUAGGGUCAUCUCUGUGAAAAGCAAGUCAAACUUCCUCAAAAAUCUGUUUGAAGACAUGACCAAGUGUCAGAACAUGAUGAACAUCUUGUCCAGCUUACUCAGGAUUGUGGUAACCGCCUGUGUGCUUGGUGGCUACGUCCCUCUGGCUAAAAUGGAUUGGAAAAUUGUGACCUCCAUUCCAAGUCGGGAAACAAGAAUUGUGGCAAUCAUCAUUGGGGUCCAGCUGAUCUCCUCGGCACUCUGCCAUUGGUUUGCAUUGGCAGCCUGCAAGAUGCAUGCUAUACGACGAUGCUUCAUCCUCCCUUUGUACCUGUCUUCCCUGGCUGUGAUAGCAUUGUUCAUUGUUCCUGUCGUCAUUUACUACCAAGACUACAAGUUAGGCCUGAACACAACUGAAAACAUCAACUUUACAAGAUACUGCACAGCAGUUGUAAAUGAAACAAAUCAAAGCCCGAAUGGUAACGUGUUUCCCCAGCUGGUUUUGGAUGUUACACAAACUCUAUGCUUCCUGGACCUGGCCAAAACAUCAAAUAUUGGAUUACUGACAGGUGCAGCAGCAUCGUGGUGGAUUGGCCUUGUGUUGGCCACUAUCUAUAUAUGGUACCUUAACAUCUAUCGCAUCCAGAAGACACAAGACUUGUUCGUUCGGAGGCUCUAUGAGGGAGCCUUUAUUGAUCAAUCCUUACUCCUCAACACCCGUUUCCACAUCCAGACCAAGAAAGGCAGGAAGAAACGACUAGACAAGUACAGACCAAAUGUGGAACCAAAGUUUGAUGACUUCACCUUUGAAGCUCAUUUCUACUUUGAUGAUGCCUUUGAAAAUGUCAAAGGAAGCCAUCAUCGUCAACUAAACUCAUACGCAAACGACCUUGUGAAAGUCAUCACAGAGGUUUAUGGCAUCUUUGAGAACCUUGAUAAAACAUUCUUUGAGGUACAGCAGCAAAUUCCUGAUCAGUCAAUCAUUGAGACACCAUAUGGAGCUCGUCUUGUUGUUCAAAUGCCUCAUGGGAAUCAGAUUGUAGUUCACUUCAAAGACAAAGAGAAAAUUCGUAACAAGAAGAGAUGGUCUCAGAUUAUGUAUCUUUACUAUCUUCUGGGUUGGAAACUCAUGACCAAACAUCAUGGAGAUUGGAAAAUGGGAACGAAUGAAAAUGAUCUAAGUAAAAAGAUCCAGGUGAGACACGAGACAUUUUCUGAGGAGAAGCACAACACCUACAUCUUGGCUUUAGACGGGGACACAGACUUCCAUCCUGCUGCCGUGAUGCUGCUCAUUGAUCGUCUGAAAAUGUAUCCACGUGUUGGGGCAGCAUGUGGCAGAAUUCAUCCUACUGGAUCAGGUCCUACGGUGUGGUUUCAAAAGUUCGAGUAUGCUGUCAGUCACUGGCUGCAGAAGACAGCUGAGCAUGUCUUCGGCUCUGUACUGUGCAGCCCUGGCUGCUUCAGUCUGUUCAGAGCGGAGGCUUUAAUGGACGAUAAUGUGAUGAAGAAAUAUUCAACCCAAUCCACAGAGCCCAGUCACUACAUCCAGUAUGACCAAGGAGAAGACCGCUGGCUGUGCACUCUACUACUGAAACAAGGGUGGAGAGUGGAAUACAAUGCAGCAUCUGAUGCAUACACCAACGCACCACAGGAAUUUAAAGAAUUGUAUAACCAGCGGAGAAGAUGGGGGCCUUCCACAAUGGCAAAUGUUGUGGAUCUGCUCGGCUCCACCAACAUUGUUUCCAAGAAGAAUCCAUCUAUGUCCAAACUAUUCAUGUUCUACCAGCUGUUUGGCAUGAUCUCAGCCAUCCUGGCUCCAGCCACCAUCUGUCUCAUGGUAGCAGGUAGCCUGUCGUUCCUCUUCGAUAUAUCUAGUGCUAUUGCACUGGUCAUAUCUGUGAUACCUCCUGCCAUCUACUUGGGUCUUUGCUUUAAGCUCAAGGCAGACACUCAGAUCACUCUUGCAGCAGUGUUGAGCAUCUUGUAUGCAUUCCUAAUGAUGGUGGUGACCAUGACCAUUAUAGCCUCAAUGGUGAAGGAGAAAACCAUUCUGACUCCCAGCAGCAUUUUCAUUGUGUCCAUGUCCAUCAUUUACAUCGUCACUGCACUCAUGCACCCCCAGGAACUUCCUUUAGUGUUCUAUGGCAUUCUUUACAUUGCCUGUGUCCCUAGUGCCUACCUCCUGCUCACCAUCUACUCUAUGGCCAAUAUGAACAGUGUUUCUUGGGGCACCAGAGAAACAAAGCCUGCUGCAGAGGCUGCAACAACUGCAGCCACUGUCCAACAAACUAAAUCACAAAAAGCAAAAACCACCUUAAAGCGGCUCUGCUCGUGGAUGAAAUGUUGUAAAACAUCCAACCAGAGAUCAGAAGUUGAACAGCUCAGCAUAAGACAGGAGAACUUAAAUCCAGAGCCUACACAGCCUGAACCUCAACCCCAGAACACUAUUGUGGAUGAUGCCUCUGACAACGAACAAGAGGAAGAGGAGACAGUUUUUGAUUCUCCAGUUCAAUGUUGGAAAACACAACUAGAAAGCAUGUCCAGCGACAUUCAGCUGCAGGAGGGUUUCCUUAAGGAGGAUGAGAACGAGUUUUGGAAGGAACUUAUUGAAAGGUACCUGAAACCUUUGCAAAAUGACAAAGCAAAACAGGAACAGAUUAAAAAUGACCUGCAAGACCUGAGAAACAAGAUCAACUUUUCAUUCUUCAUCUUGAAUGCCUUCUGGCUGGUGGCAACCUUCACCUUUCAGGCCUUCAGUGUCUUUAACAUCGAGAUAAAUGGUGUUGACAUGAACCUUAAUCAAACUGGGAAAAAAAUCCAAAUUGAACCAAUGAGCCUCAUGUUCAUUUUGGGCUUUGCUCUUUCAGUUUUGCUGCAGUUUAUUGGGAUGUUUUACCACAGAAUUGUCACCUUCAUUCAUUAUGUGGCAUUUUUGGAAACUGAGCCAAAACAACAGAAAUCUGCAACAAAAAAACGAAAACAGAAGGACACUACAUCCAAUGCAGAUUCAAGCUCAGGCACCAAUAUAGAACUGAGCACCAUCACACAGGAAGAAACCGAGACUGAAAUGAGUGAUGAGCCGGACAGUGAAGAUGAACAUUCAGAGUGGGACAUUGGUGAAUGGCAGGCUGAGGCUUGAAACAAGACUACAAAGGUCUCAAGGUCAGGAAUCAAACCUAGAAUGGUUGCGUUGCGGACUAUUACCUCUAUAUGGGAUGCCUGCUCAACUGCUACACCAUGCAAUGCCCCUAUAUAUUUCUUGAUUGAUAGAUUGUUUUAAAUUGUACUCCAUAGUGGAGCAAAUACCAUGAAGGAAACCUUA